ACUGUCAGGAGCGGGGCAUGCGCAUUAUAGUAUUGUAGCGGGCCUGGGAACCGGUGAGGGCUGGCCAAGUUUAAGUGCGAUAAUAAAGGAGCGAAAAAUAAGAAUAAACGAGACAAAGUCAGGGGCACAGAGACGGGGUUACACGAGGUUCUGUGGCUUGCUUCCAGCCAACAUGAGAGAUUCCUGGACCCUCGGCUCCCCUUCCUUCUGUUGCUGAUGACUUCAGGGCUGUGCUGGAAAUGGCAGACAGUGUCAGAACCUUCCUCCACGAUGUGGCGACGGGUAUAAAGGACUCUAUUUUAGGGAUUAGAACGAUCUCCAAGCUCGAUGCUCGGAUUCAGCAGAAAAGGGAAGAACAGAAGCGAAGGCGGGCGAGCGGGGCUCUGGCACAGCGGCGGGCACAGAGCGAGGACCGCAAGCAGGAGAGUGAACCAAAGCUGGCAAGCCGAAUCGUACAAUGCUGUGCAUGGAACGGAGGCGUGUUCUGGCUCAGUCUGUUCCUCUUCUAUCGCGUGUUUAUCCCACUGCUUCAGACUCUCACAGCUAGAAUUAUUGGUGACCCCUCUCUGCAUGGCGAUGUGUGGUCCUGGCUGGAGUUCAUCUUGACCUCUGUGUUCAGCGCUCUCUGGGUCUUGCCCCUCUUUGUUCUCAGUAAAAUCGUCAAUGCCAUUUGGUUCCAGGACAUUGCAGACCUUGUGUUUGAAGUUUCAGGGAGAAAGGCUCAGCCCUUCCCCAGCGUCAGUAAGAUCAUCGCUGACAUGCUGUUUAACCUGCUGCUGCAAGCUCUCUUCCUCAUUCAGGGUAUGAUCGUCAGCCUUUUCCCCAUCGAUGUCAUUGGUCAGAUGAUCAGCCUGCUCCACAUGUCGCUUCUCUAUUCCCUCUACUGCUUUGAGUACCGCUGGUUCAACCAUGGUGUUGAGAUGCACCAGCGACUCUCUAAUAUUGAGCGGAACUGGCCCUAUUACUUUGGCUUCGGGCUGCCCAUGGCUCUGCUGACUUCUCUGCCCUCCUCCUACAUCAUCAGUGGCUGCCUGUUCUCAAUCCUAUUCCCACUCUUCAUCAUCAGUGCGAACGAGGCUAAGACUCCUGUUAAACUCUACCACUUUCAGCUGCGUCUCUUCUCUGUGGUUGUGCUGAUCAGUAACAAGCUGUUCCACAAGACUAUGCACCUGCAGUCCUCCCUCACUGCCUCUGUGUCCAGCGAGAGACUACCCUCCCCCCACGCCUCUCCUGCUAGACAGCGCCCCCAGUGAGCCUGCCCAGACUGAGCUGCUCUUCCAGACUGACGUGACCCCCCUGCCCUCGCCCCGACAACCCUGACAGGGGGUGGGGGGGGGUCCUGGCGGCUGUGUGUCGCCCAAAGACAUUAUACAGAACCUGGCAGCAAACGGGUUCAAACCUGUCAAGGGUUUAUAAAUGGAUUUAGUUGUAUUUUAUUUUUUGGAUUGGGGGGGGGGGGGGAUUGGGGUGUACCCAAGUUUUUUGGGUACAUUUUAUAUGGUCCUAUGUGAUAGAUUAUAUAUAUAUAUAUAUAUAUAUAUAUAUAUAUAUAUAUAUAUAUAAUCAUACUUUGUAUGUGAACCAUGUUUUAUAGCAUUUGUGACUGCCCUGUGCCUGAGACCUGUAUUGUUUGUUUGUUUGUUUGUACACAUACUGUGCCAUUUGCAGAUUUAAAAGACAAUGCAUGCUUUUUUUCAUUUUCAUGCUCCUAACAGGUUCAGCAGAGUUUAGUUUGGAGUGUCCUCAGUUACGUUCAUCAGAGGAACGUACAUUUAUUGAAGAUGGACACACCACUAUUGCUGUUAAGCCUGAUUGUGAUAAAACAUAGACAAAGAUGUACACACACGGGCUAAAGCAUUAUGAGUCACUGCCUAGGGGAGAGACGCGGAGGGCAAACACAGAAGCAGGUCUUUCCUUUGAGAUUACCAGGACAGUUUCUUGUUCAUGAUGGAAAGUUUUUAAAACAGUGGGGACUGUAAUUCCAAAGGACAAACCUGCUUCUAUGAACUGAAAUAUAAAGGGGAGUGAGACCUACUGUGAAGGAAUCUGAAGGAGUCUAUUUCUGUGUAGCUGGAGAGGCGAUCUGAAUUUUGGGGGCGGGGGUCUGACAGCUGUUUCAUGUAGACAGUGUAUCCAGGAUAGUAAACAGGCACAUUCUCAAACAGCAUCAACCAUUGUGUUUUGAAGUCUGAUGCUGUAGCCUCAAACAGUCCUAUUAAAUUAACAAAGGGUAAACUGAUUUAUUUGUGGUUAUGACUUGGGGUGAUCAUUUACAGUCCUGCUAAAAUAGCUUCAGUGGUACUCUAGAAGCAUGAGAGCCUGGAUCAGCCUUCUGCACUGCACUGAAAUGCAGACUAGAGAUGACAGUGUGCUUUGAAGCACUGCCUGCCCAAUCAGAAAGGGCUCAUGAUAAUAAACAUUCUCAGAUGGGUGAGCUGCCUGCGUGCAAUAUGUAAGCACGAGUUCUGGGCUGCUUGGCUGUUAAGACGGUGGUGUAAAAUCAAAUGGCACCACGGUUGAAGGGAGUAUAAGAUCAGUGAUCGAUUCCUAGACCUGGUGUGAGUUUUGCAUUUAAGGAGGACUGUGUGGCUGGUGAUAGCAAACGUGGUUUUUAAAUUCCCGUUUGGGUAGGAAAAAGAACCGGUUUUUAUACACGUGCCUUCAUUACAAUGCAACUCUUUAUGGUACAGAGCUAGUUAUAAGGCAGUGGUUCCUACAAUAGCGAUUGACUUGCAGUGGAUCACACACACUGUAUACUGAAGCGCAGCCUCUUAACUACAUGGCUAUAGAGGGUUGUGAACGUGGGAACACUGUGCUCCAUAGCUCCUGAAAUUAAGAUGGGAGAUAUUCCCCCUGUGAGACCAAGCCAAGCAGCCCUGUCCUUCUGCCCCAAGCCAUACUGAGGGACUAAGAAGUGAGUUUGAUUCUGUACGUUGUAUAUCCUUAUAUAUGUUUAGUAACAGGCUGUAUGUGUUGAAGGGUGAUACCUCAGACAGUUUGGCCCUUGUAAACGGGGUGUAUUUGAUAAAUGUAUUUACUGAUUGUGAAAGAUGCAUACAGAGACAGGUAUGCUAGUUGAUCAUUGUGAAGUUUUGUAAAAGUAUUAUGCAUUUCUUUCAAUAAACUAUCAGCACACACACACAAAA